UUAUUGCCUUCAGCUACCUAGCUUGACGUGAUCCACGUGCGUUUAUAACCUCAAUUCAAUCCUGAAAGAUUAUCUUGUAUUAGAGACAAAAAUGUUUAAAAUAGUAAAAUCUAAUAUUUUUGAUUAUAUGACAAAUAAUUGAUGUAAUAGUGGAAUAAAUUAAUUUGGCUUAUUUAUUCUCACUCACACAUUAGUUUGCUAUCAUAAGUUUUAUUAUGUGUAUUAAAUAUACAUAAUAUUAGAUAUAUAUUAGAUUCUUCAAACUGUGAAUAAACUGCAAAUAAAAUGGGCUUGACCAAACAGUAUCUCAGAUAUGUACCUGCAGGUAAUGCAAACAUAAUUGCAAGUCCUCGGUGCAAUGUUGUCUUUGUAAAAUUGGAAGGCCAAGAAGGUAGAUUUGUAGCUGCUGCUGCGUGUGAACAUGUAUACAUUUGGGAUCUACGGCUUGGAGAAAAGGCACAAGUAUUGUCCGGAGAGAAAGCAUGUGUAACACAUUUGGCUGCAUCACCGAACAAAAGACAUAUUGCAGUUGGCUACACAGAUGGCACAGUGAAAACUUUUGAUUUAAGCUCUGGUGAAAACGUCAGCAUAUUUGUGGGGCACAAAUCUGAAAUAACAGCAUUAGCGUACGAUGCUUUAGGACAUAGACUAGCCACUGGCUCUAAAGAUACAGAUAUCAUUGUCUGGGAUGUUGUGGCAGAAACUGGAAUAUGUCGGUUAACUGGACACAAAGGUGUUAUAACUAAAUUAACUUUUAUGAAGGAGCAUAACAUCAUUAUUAGUGCUAGCAAAGAUACAUUUGUAAAGUUUUGGGAUCUGGACACAGAACAUAAUUUCAAAACCUUAAUUGGACAUAGAUCAGAGGUUUGGAGUCUCGUCUUAGUGAACGACGAUCGAUACUUGAUAACAGGAUGUAAUGAUAAAGAAUUGCGUGUCUGGAAAAUAACGUUUCUUGAUAACAAGAGUAUUGAGUUUGAUACAGGUGUAAGCACUUUAAAUCUCAAUGAAGAGGACGAAGAGAAUGAAGAAAGUAUAGACACAGAUAUGAAAUAUCCCAUGAAAUGUGAAAAAGUUGGGAGUAUAUUACGCGCUGGGAACGGCCGUGUUAUCUCGUUAGAAGCUGACUCCACAUGCAAAGUUUUUGGAUGCCACGGAGUGGGAAAUUCUAUAGAAUUAUUUUAUCUACUACCUGAAGAAACAGUAAAGACUAGAUAUUCAAAAAGAAUGAAGAAAGAACGACAAAAAGCACAAAAGCAAGGAAGUGAUGCAGAAACGAAUCCAUCGACUGCACCAUCUCUAAGGGAUGAGAUAAAACGUUUACCUGUCGUGCAAGUUUCCGGUAAAGUGAAAGGGCUUGAUUUAAUUAUGGGCAAAGAAAAUGAACUCCGGUUAUGCGUUGGAGUUAAUAACAAUUCGAUCGAAUUGCAUUCCUUGUACACGGAAGAGAAGGAUCCGGAAGUAAAAUGUUUACGUUCAAUAGCGGCACAUGGACAUCGCUCAGAUGUCCGAGCUGUUUGUUUUAGUUCUGACAAUUUAGCGUUCGCUACUGUGAGCGGAGAUUCUGUUAAAUUAUGGAAUAGGCCAACAUUAGCGUGUUUACGCACAGUGCAUUGCGGUUACGCCUUGACCAUAACAUUCGUACCGGGAGAUAGGCAUCUGAUUGUUGGUUUGAAGGACGGUAAGAUGCUUAUUAUCGACAUUGCAUCCGGCGAUAUUUUGGAAGAGGUGCCUGCGCAUUCCAAAGAGCUUUGGAGCGUGACGUUGUUUCCGGAUAAGAAAGGAGUUGCCAGUGGCGGCGGUGACCAAACAGUGAAAUUUUGGAACUUUGAACUAAUUCAAGAUGAAGACAGUCAAAUUAAAGCGAAGGUCCUUUCUGUCUUACACACAAGAACGCUUAAGCUUGAAGAAAGCGUACUGUGUGUAAGAAUAAGUCCAAACAGCAGAUUUGUUGCCGUUUCUCUACUGGAUUCUACCAUUAAAAUCUUCUUUUUGGAUUCAUUCAAGUUUUUCGUAUCACUUUAUGGACACAAGCUACCAGUGUUAUGUAUGGAUAUAUCCAGCGACUCCGCGCUCAUAGCAACUGGUUCUGCCGAUCGCAAUAUUAAAAUCUGGGGCCUUGACUUUGGCGAUUGCCACAAAUCUAUGUUCGCGCACGACGACUCUGUCACAGGUCUCUCGUUUGUGCCUGAUACUCAUUAUUUCUUUUCUUCUGGAAAAGACGGCAAAAUUAAACAGUGGGACGCCGAUAUAUUUCAAAAGAUCGUCACAUUACAAGGUCACGCUGGAGAAAGUUGGAAUUGUUGCGUUUCGCCAAAUGGAGUUUUUGUCGCAUCUUGCGGCUCCGAUAGGGUAAUUAGAUUAUACGAGAAGACUAAUGAACCUUUAGUAUUACAAGACGAAGCGGAAGAAGAAAGGGAACAGCAGGAGAACGAAUUAGUCACUGGGGAAACCACAGCGGUGUUAGGGCAGAAGCAACAAGCAUUACCUUCCAGAAAGACUGUCAGCAGUGAAAGAGCUGCCGAAUUAAUAUUAGAAUGUUUGGAAGUGUCUAAACAAUAUGACGAUGAAUUGAGUAAAGCUGUUUCUGACGAGAAGCCACCCCUUCCUCUCUUGAUGCAAGCUUAUAAUUGUGCAAGCACGGAAGACUUCUUAUUGGAAACUUUUAAACGAGUUAGGGCAAGUGAAAUGGAAGAAACAUUGCUGUUAUUGCCAUUUUCAGCAGCCUGUGAUAUUCUGCAGAAACUUCCUACUCUGUUGAAAAGGGAUUACCAUGCCGAAUUAUUAGCCAGAUUAGCUUUGUGCUUAAUACAGGCACACCAUGGCCCAAUAGUGGCAAAUCAAAAUCUUUUGCCCACAUUGGAGAUUGUAAAGAAGCUUGCUGUAAAAAAAAUAUCCACUUUAAGAGAUACUAUUGGUUUUAAUUUGCAUGGUAUGAUGUACAUCCAACGCAUUCUCGAAGAACAAGAAGGAAUCAAAUUCUUCAGAGAUGCCAGUAAGAAUACCGAAAAGAAAAAGAAAAUCAGGAGAAACAAGGAGAAAGCUAUAAAGAGAGCAAUCAUGAACUUAUAAAUCUUAUCAUAAUAUGAUAUAUCACAAGAUGAACUUUGUACAUACAUAAAGCCAAAUGUCAUUCAAAUAAAACUCAUUUUACAAAUA